AUGAAACUUUUGAGUUGGAACUGCCAAGGGCUUGGGAACCCUUGGACAGUUCGUAGUCUUCACAAAAUAGUGAAGGAUCAAGCUCCUGAAAUAUGUUUCCUCAUGGAAACUUGGCUCGAUAUCGAAGGAAUAAAACAAUGGUGCAGUGAGUUACCAUACAAGAAUAAGUUUGCUGUUAAAAAACCGGGAUUGGGUGGUGGACUUGCUAUGCUAUGGAAGGAAGAUAUAAUGUUAGAUGUGUUUAAAUUUUCGGAUAACCAAAUCUCUGCUUGGGUGACCGAAAGUGAUGGUUUUCGUUGGUUGCUUACAGGAUUUUAUGGAUGGCCAGAAACAAAAGACCGCUUCAAGUCUUGGAUCCUUCUUUCUCAUAUUUCUUCAUUCGUUGAUGGUGGUUGGAUGUGCAUUGGAGAUUUUAAUGAGAUGUUGUGGUUCAUUGGCUACCCUUAUACUUGGAAUAAUAAGAGACCAGGGGCGACAAAUACUAAGGAAAGGCUGGACAGGGCUGUAGCUAAUGAAGCUUGGAAGUUGAAGUUUCCUAAAACUACUGUUACACACAUUAUUUCGCAUGCGUCGGAUCAUCUCCUAUUGAUACUCCAGAACCAUGCAGCUCUGAGAAGACAUGUAAGGGGAGAACAUAGUUUCAAAUUUGAAGAAGCAUGGCUGUUGUGGGAUGACUGCACCAAGGUAGUCCAAGAGGCUUGGGAAAUCAGUGGGGUUGGUGAGUCGGCAUUGGAGGCGGUCAGAUUAAAGAUAAAUGGGUGUAGUGAAGAGUUGAAGGCUUGGGGUGCUACUAAAACCCAUCCAGGCACAAAUGAGAUAAAGGCUUUACAAAAGCAAAUAGAAUGGCUGACUUGUGCUCCUCCCACUAUACAGCACAAAAGUGAAUUUAUCAAAGCAAGUAAGGAGCUGGAUGAAUGGCUAAGAAAGCAGGAAGUAUACUAG